GCACGGAAACGACUCAGGUGCAGAGAAAGCAAACUGGCGGCACUGUUAGGAUGCAGAAGUCACCAGUGGAAGAUGCCAACUUCCUCUCUAAGUUUUUCUUCUGGUGGACAUCACCACUGCUGAGGAAAGGCUUCAGGAAAAAGUUAGACCUGACCGAUGUGUACAAAGCUCCUUCUUUUGACCUGGCAGACAACCUCUCAGAACGACUGGAGAGAGAAUGGGACAGGGAGGUGGUGUCGGCCAAGAACAAGCCUCGACUGAUGAGAGCGCUGGCCCGAUGCUUCUUUGGCCCCUUUGCCUUCUUUGGCAUCCUUCUCUACCUUGGGGAGGCUUCAAAGACGGUGCAGCCUCAGCUUCUGGGUCGAAUCAUUGCAUCUUUUGACCCGUUCCAUGCUCCAGAACGGAGUCAGGGUUACUACCUGGCUCUGGGUCUCUGCCUCCUCUUUGUGGCUCGAUUCCUCCUGUUGCAGCCAGCCAUCUUUGGCCUGCACCACCUGGGCAUGCAGAUCCGUAUUGCCCUCUUCAGCCUCAUAUACAAGAAGACACUAAAGCUGUCAAGCCGAGUGUUGGAUAAGAUCAGCACGGGUCAGCUGGUGAGCCUGAUGUCUGCUCACCUUAACAAGCUGGAUGAGAGUCUGGGUCUGGCCCACUUUGUGUGGAUCACUCCUCUGCAGUGCAUUCUCUGUGUGGGCCUGAUCUGGGAGCUCAUCGAGGUCAACGGUUUCUGCGCUCUAGCUGCUUUGACCCUGCUCGGCAUCAUCCAGGCCUGGCUCUCCCAGAAAAUGGGACCUCACCGAGCAAAGCGAGCAGGGAUGACCAGCCGCCGUCUGGCUCUAACCUCAGAGAUUGUGGAGAACAUCCACUCUGUGAAGGCGUACGGCUGGGAGGAGGUGAUGGAGACCAUCAUCAAGAACAUCAGGCAGGACGAGAUAACACUGACGAGGAAGAUCGGCUCUCUGCGUUACUUCUAUAGUGCCGCCUACUUCUUCUGCAUCUUGGUCAUUGUGUCCGCCAUCGUGCCGCAUGCGCUCAGUAAAGGCAUCAUCCUGCGUCGUAUCUUCACCACGGCAUCAUACUGCAUGGUGCUGAGGAUGACCCUGACCCGACAGCUGCCAGGAUCCAUUCAGAUGUGGUACGACACGCUGGCUCUGGUCAAGAAGAUUGAGGAAUUUUUGUUAAACGAGGAAUACAGAGUGUUGGAGUACAACCUGACCACCACCGACCUGGAGCUGGUUAAUGUAUCUGCCUCCUGGGAUGAGGUUGGGUAUGGUGAGCUGUUUGAGAAGAUCACGGAGAACAAGGCAAACCGACACCCAAAUGGAGAUGCUGGCCUCUUCUUCACCAACCUUUAUGUCACGCCUGUCCUCAAAAAUAUUACCCUGCAUCUGGAGAAGGGAAAGAUGCUAGCAGUGGCAGGAUCCACCGGCUCAGGGAAGAGCUCCCUGCUCAUGAUGAUCCUCGGAGAGCUGGUUCCAUCAGAGGGUAAAAUCCGGCACAGUGGGCGAAUUUCCUUCUCACCUCAGACAUCUUGGAUCAUGCCUGGGACAAUCCGUGACAACAUCCUGUUCGGCCUGACGUACGAUGAGUACCGAUACACCUCAGUCAUCAAGGCCUGCCAGCUGGAGGAGGACCUUGCUUUACUCCCUGAGAAGGACAAGACUCUCCUCGUUGAAGGCGGGGUCACCCUCAGUGGAGGUCAAAGGGCACGUGUCGGCCUGGCCAGAGCUGUGUACAAAGAUGCAGACCUGUACCUACUGGACGCACCUUUCACCCACCUAGACAUUGUGACGGAGAAAGAGAUCUUUGAGAAAUGUGUCUGUAAACUUAUGGCCUCCAAGACUCGCAUUGUGGUCACAAGCAAGUUGGAUCAUCUCAAACGAGCAGAUAAGAUCCUCCUGCUGCACAAUGGAGACUGUUACUUCUACGGUACCUUUUCAGAGCUUCAGGCCCAGCGUCCAGACUUCAGCUCGCUACUGCUCGGUAUGGAAGCCUAUGACAACAUCAACGCAGAGCGACGCAGCUCUAUCCUCACCGAAACCCUGCGCAGAGUCUCCAUUGACGAGGGUGCUGGCUUCAGAGGCCCAGACAUGAUCCGUCAGUCAUUCCGCCAGCCACCAGUUCCCAUCAUCUCUGGGUCUCAAGGCCACUCUGGAGGUGAUACCUACCAAGAAAAACGUAAACAGUCCCUCAUCCUCAAUCCGCUGACAGCUGCUCGCAAGUUUUCAUUCAUUGGGAACUCCCAGCAGACUGCAAAUCAGCCCUCAUCCACAACCAUUGAGGACGGGGUGUGUGAACUCUCAGAGAGGAAGUUCUCAGUGGUCCCUGAGGAUGAUCAGGUGGAAGAGGUGCUGCCCAGAGGGAACAUGUACCACCAUGGGCUGCAGCAUCUCAAUGGCCAGCGGAGGCAGUCGGUACUGGCCUUCAUCACAAACGCUCAGGGUCAGGAGCGCAGAGACCAGAUGCAGUCAUCAUUCAGGAAGAAGCUGUCCAUCACACCGCAGUGUGACCUGGCCACUGAGCUGGAUAUCUAUGCUCGCCGCCUGUCCACGGACAGCGUUUAUGACAUCAGUGAGGAGGUGGACAUGGAGGACAUGGAGCAAUGCUUUGCAGAUGAGCGUGAGAACAUCUUUGAAACUACCUCAUGGAGCACUUACCUUCGCUACAUCACCACCAACAGGAGCCUGGUCUAUGUUCUGAUCUUCAUACUGUUUGUCUUUGUCGUUGAGGUUGCUGGUUCAGUUAUCGGCAUUUUCCUCAUCACUUCGACAAUCUGGAGGGAUGGUGCAAAUCCUGCGUCACCAAACUAUAUCAAUGAGCAGCAUGUCAAUGCAUCGUCACCCCCUGUCCACCUGGCUGUCAUCGUCACACCCACCAGUGCCUACUACAUAAUCUACAUCUUUGUGGCCACAUCAGAGAGCGUCCUGGCUUUGGGGUUCUUCAGAGGCCUCCCUCUGGUACACACACUGCUCACCGUGUCCAAAAGGCUGCAUGAACAAAUGCUGAGUGCUGUGCUCAGAGCCCCCAUGGCUGUGCUAAACACCAUGAAGACAGGCCGGAUUAUGAACAGAUUCACCAAGGACAUGGCCACCAUAGAUGACAUGCUGCCCCUGGUGCUGUUUGACCUCAUACAGUUGACGUUAAUAGUCACUGGUGCCAUCUUCACUGUGUCCAUCAUGCGGCCGUACAUCUUCAUCGCUGCCAUCCCAUUGGCAGUCAUCUUCGUCAUUCUCAGGAAGUACUUUCUACGAACUGGACAACAGCUCAAAUUACUCGAGGCUGAAGCUCGUAGCCCAAUCUUCUCCCACCUCAUAAUCUCACUGAAGGGUUUAUGGACAAUUCGGGCAUUCGGGCGUCAGACCUACUUUGAAAUGCUCUUCCACAAAGCCCUCAACACUCACACUGCUGCCUGGUUCCACUAUCUGGCCACGUUGAGGUGGUUCCUUUUCAGAUGUGACAUGAUCUUUGUCUUGUUCUUCACUGCUGCUGCCUUCAUUGCUGUGGGAACCAACCAGGACAAACCAGGGGAGAUCGGGAUCAUUGUGGCUCUGGCAAUGCUGAUCCUGGGGACUUUCCAGUGGGCUGUGAUCACCAGCAUUACUGUAGACGGACUAAUGCGUUCGGUGGACCGGGUUUUUAAAUUCAUUGACCUGCCAUCGGAGGAGCCUCUUCCAGGGAAAAGCAGUGGUAAAGGAGGCCCCGACCUCAUCAUUGACAACCCUCAUGCACACGACUGUUGGCCAAACCGUGGACAGAUGGACGUCCAGGGCCUCACGGUCAAAUACACAGAGGCCGGACGCGCUGUGCUUAGUGACAUCUCCUUCUCUGUAGAGGGCGGGCAGACCGUGGGUCUGCUUGGCCGGACUGGAUCAGGGAAGAGCACCCUGCUGUCGGCUCUGCUGCGUCUAGCCUCCACUGAUGGAGAAAUAUCCAUUGAUGGUGUCUCCUGGAGCUCUGUGUCCCUGCACACUUGGAGGAAGGCCUUCGGAGUUGUUCCUCAGAAAGUCUUUAUCCUGACCGGUACUUUCCGGAUGAACCUGGAUCCAUACGGACGAUACAGCGAUGAGGAGCUGUGGAGAGUGGCUGAGGAGGUGAGUUUGAAGUCUGUGAUCGAACAGUUUCCUGACAAACUGGACUUCCAGCUGGAGGACGGAGGCUACGUGUUGAGUAAUGGACACAAACAGCUGCUGUGCUUGGCUCGGUCCAUCCUCAGUAAAGCCCGGAUCUUGCUGCUGGACGAACCAUCUGCCUACCUCGACCCCAUAACAUUGCAGGUCCUGAGAAAAACGCUGAAGCAGUCGUUCUCUGACUGCACCGUCAUCCUGUCAGAACACCGAGUGGAGCCGUUGCUCGAAUGUCAGACGUUCCUGAUGAUCGAGAGCAGCUCCUUGAAGAACUACGACUCCAUCCAGAAACUUCUGAAUGAGACAAGUCACCUGAAACAGGCCAUGAGCCCAGCUGACCGCCUGCGCCUGUUCCCCACCCUGCACCGCCUCAACUCUAGCAAGAGAGUGCCACCACAGGCCACCAAGAUCUCUUCCCUGCCUGAGGAAACAGAGGACGAGGUCCACGACACAAGACUCUAACAAUAAUGCCUGCACCCACACAGACGGGUUUCAUAUAAAGAAAGAGUCUGGUUAAAGUCAACAAUAGACAACACUUUUCUGUAUCCAAGUGACAUGAAACACAUAAUUGAAACACCUUUAAUUCAGUAAAACACACAUUAAUCAUAUUGAAAAACUGAAGAGUAUUUGUAACAUGCAAAUUUGGACCAAGAAAAAAGAACCAACAGCUAAAAGUCCAGCUACUACUACUAAAGUCCAGCUUUAAACAUCAACACCAGCUGUAAUUGUACAGUUUUAACUAAAAACUUCAGUAGAAACCAGUCACCUGGGUGAUUAAAUCAGGGACAAAGGUAAAACUGACAUUUAUAGUGAUUUAAUCUAACAAAGAAGAAUUUCAGAAAAAAUGAACUUAACUCAAGCACAAAAGUGUCAAAACUUACCUCUCUGUCUUCCUUCAUGGUUCUGUUGGAACCAUCUGCACAAAUAUAAAACCUUCAGACUUGAAUAAAUAGAACAAAAAAUGUUGUCAUGUUCUGGUUUGCUUCAGUAAUAUCUGAAUUUCCAGCAAGGGUCACUGACACAUGAGGGAAAGACACAACGUGUCUUAUGCUUACAAUCUGUAGUAAUGUUACAUCUGACACUCAAGGCCGGUAUUGCGCAAAGGGGCGUGUCCAAAUGAGGACUGUAUCUUUUUCAGAGAAUCACGUGACAAAAUACAAAUGAGGCCCGGUUCGCUGAAAUCACAUGACUGCCUCGUUAUGUGAUUCAGUUUGCUUCAUCAAUCCCCUGUGAGUGAAUGUUUUCUAUUUCUAAGGCUGGGGAAGGUAUAUGAAAAAGAAGGAAUGGCCUGAGCCCCAAAGCUGUUAAAUUUUUUUUCCUGAAUAAAAAUAUGAUAAUGCACCCCCAAUUGUCCACCCAUUUUGCCCCAUCUCAAAGAUAUCCCAGUUACACAAGCACUUUCUGUAACUGUUUAUCCACAAAUACAGCCACAUACUGUAUACACAAUACUUUAUUGAUAUACCACAAAUGAUCUAUUGACACUUUGAUAUAUCACCAAUAUUACUUCAUUGAUAUACCAUGAUCUGGAUAGAUUUAUUUCAUCUGGCUUUACAAUACCUCAAAUGGAGAUUUUGACAUAAUACUUGAAUUGUUACACAGAGAUCCACUUGCCCACAUGUAACAUACCAGCAGAUGUCAGUAUUCCCAAAUGAGCUGUUGAACGAGGCUUUGUCCGACCAAGCUUUUGGUGAAGGAGUUGGCCAGAAAGAUUUGACACAUUCAUGGGGCCUCAUCACACCAUCACUAACAGCCUGUACAACAACUAACCUUAAAUCAUAUGUUAUAAAAGUUGCUGAGAAAUGAUAAAUCUCACAAUGCAGGUACAGGUAUCUUCCUAAAGAGUAAUGAAUAUCCCAUUUUCAGCUGUUUUCAGAUUGUUCUGGGUCGCUUCAUUGAACUAAUACAGAUUUCUGUCCACAACCACCUAUAUAAGCAUCUAAAUGUCUGACGUUUACUGAGCUCCUUCUGUCAUUCUGUCUCAGCAGUAAACUGCUACAAAUUCAACCCCUGAAGUCAAAUAUAGUUUGGCUUGUCUUAAGUCAGCAGAAAACUAACAGCACUGCAGACUAUAGUUUAUUCUACUUACACCAUUAAAAAACUCUUUAAUUUAUUUAAAAACCGUGUUACAUCCCCAGUAUUUGUGACUUUUCUCCCCUGAAGUUAAUCUCAGAUGUCAGAUGAAUCUACAGUAAAUUCUGGAUUUGAUACCCCAUCCACACUUAUAUGCGGAUAUUUCCCAAAUGGAUAUUUUUCUCUGUUGGUUCCUUUUGUCCACAAGUAAAUGCCAUUUUAGGUCGUGAAAACAUAGAUUUUCUAAACUCCAGUUUGUGUGUAUCCGUGUGUUCCAGGAAAACAGAGAGAUUGGAAAACAAUAGUGUCACAAACUAUUAUGCCUGUUGGUUUAUGUAAUGAAGCUGCACCUGAAACAAUCAAAUCUAGCUGUAUAAAUCAGAGGAAGACGCCAUAUUCCACCAUUUAUUUAAGAUAAUGGCUCUGAUGUUAAGACAUCUUCUGUCUCAUGAAAUGAGAAAAGUGGUUAGUGUUCAUUUAAAUCCUUUAGCGCUGUAUUUUUCAGACUUAAGGAUCUGAGAGCUGUUUUUGUUAGAUUUUCAAUCAUUAGCAAAAUCCCUGACCAUAAACUGACAUAUUUACAGUUUAUGGACAUGGAUUUUUCUCUGAUGACUGGAUUAUGGUGUACAUAGAUAUGUUUAUUAAAAAAAAAAGAACAAAAUGAAAAUGUCCUCAAACAAAAAGAGGCAGUGGAGAAGUGAGCAGCUGGUCAUGUGUUUUGUUAUCUGUUAGGAUUUUAACUGUUUGCUGCAUGUUUGUUUGUGUCAACAUGUUGCUGCCAAGACAUAAACACUUAACAUAGAACUUUUUUUUGUCAUUAUCUUUCUAUCUGCAAAUGAUGUAAUUGAUUUUUGACACAUCACUCUAGCAUAUAAUUGAAUGUAUCUUGGCAACGUUAGAUGAAUUUUGUUUUAAAGUUUUAAAGACACAAAAUUGAUAUCUUGGGUCUUUAGUUAUGAGUUUGUUAAUCACCACUCUAGUGCAUGGUGGUCACAUGAUUUACUCACUUAAAGCUAUAUUUUGUGAUAGUCAUUGGGCACAAAUUACCUUUCAAGGUGUUGUAAUUUCAAGUGUUUGAAAGGAAAGGGGACUGUGUAGUGCUGUUGUGCAGAUUUUGUCAAAUUACUGACAUUUUCAGACAGGUAGGAGGGUUAAAUAUAUGAUUGACAGCUGUAAUGACCAAUUACCAAUCAGAUGGCACAAAACAGCAUCAGGUUCAUCCAUCAUUAUAUUUACUCUUCUGAUUUUCACUGAGAUGAGAAGCUGUGUUUUCAAACCUCCCCAGAUUUUGGGUCCUACAGCUUUUCAUGCUUGUUAAGGAGUUUUGUGGUUGUGGGACGUCAGUUUGCACCGUUUCAGUCGGCCAGCUCGGAUUAAAACAGUUGGUGAAUCACAGCAGUAGGAGUUUUUCAGUACGAAGUGAUACUAGUUGAACCGACCCUGUUGUAAACACUGACUGACGCCACUAAUUGGAAUGACUCGGUUCCUUAUUUUGGUUCUGUAUGCACUUUAGAGACUCCCUGAGGUACUCAUGAGCUUUCACAGUGAGGAAACAGUCCAGUGGUUGAAUCAUAUUCAACACUUAUUCUUUCUUCUAUUUUUCCAAACAACUUAAGUGUAUUUGUAGAAAUAUAAUAUUAUUUUCAUGUACUUUUAUAUCAGCCUCUGUAAUUAGAUGAAUUACAGGAGGAGACCAGUAAUUCAUCAAAAAGUGUAUUUUCAAAACAGUCUAUUUUUGCAAACCACUCCUGUACAAAGGCAAAACAAGCCUUUUAUAUUUCCUUAGUCUUGAAUCAUUUUCCAAAACUGGGAAAUGUUCUGACUUGUCUUUAGGUUUUCUUUGGUUCAGGGAAAUCUGUGUUCAUUCUUUCUUAUUGAGAGAUAGUUUUGUAGAGUACAAAAUCCAAGGUACCACAAUGAAAAGCUGAUGUGUUACUGUGAUGGGGAUUUAUAUGUGUGUGUGUGUGUGUGUGUGUGUGUGUUACUCACAGGAAAAGGGAUGCAACGUCCACAAAAUAUGUAAAUGUAUUUGUUCAAUCAACGAUAUUUACAGUAAAACAUAGGAUUUUGAGAAAUCAGUGGGUUGUGUUGUUUUUCUAGUCCAGGCUGACUGUGUGAAGUGAGUUCUAUUUUUGGUCUUCUUCCUGAGCUGUUCAGACCAUUACUAGAGUAUUCUUUAUGGUGGGGCCUCAUCUCCUCUCUACAUAAACAAGCUCAUAUGGACUAAAAUCCACCACAAAUAUUUCUGAGUAGAUGUGUCACAGAUUGUCAUAUCA